AUCUACAAUAGUAAAAAAAUACCAACAGAUUUUCGGGGAACAUUCCGGCCUUCAUAGGGAACCUGUCUAUGUUGGACGAAAUACAUUUAGAAGAUAAUGAUUUAAAUGGAACCAUUCCUCCUAGUUUUGGAAAUUGUCCAAUGUUGGUCCUCUUGGAUUUGUCUCAAAAUAACCUCAGUGGAACUGUACCCAACAAAUUCUUUAAUAUUUCUCCUUUUUCUAUCAAAUUAAAUCUUUCUCGAAACCAUCUGGUUGGAUCUCUAGCAGUAGGUAUUGGUACUUUAAAAACCUUAGUUGAAUUGGAUAUCUCAGAAAAUGAGUUUUCUGGUUUGGUUCCAAUGGAGCUGGGUGACUGCAUUGCCCUUAAUUCAUUAUACAUGCAAGGCAACUUCUUUCAGGGUUGCAUCCCCCAGUCAAUGAAAAAUUUAAGAGGUGUGCAAAAUGUUGAUCUUUCUCGUAAUAACUUAUCUGGGACAAUCCCGGUCUUCUUUGUAACCCUAUCCUUAAUAUAUUUAAAUCUGAGUUGGAAUAAUCUUGAAGGAGAGAUACCUACAAAAGGAGUAUUCGCAGAUGCAGUUGCAGUCUCAAUGGCAGGUAACAAAGGGCUUUGUGGAGGCAUACCUGGACUACAGCUACCAAGAUGCAGUAGUGAUAGAUCAAAAAAACACAAAGUGUCUUCAGAUCAGCUUUUCUUCUUAAUAGGUUAUAUACUAGGGCUUCUUAUUUUCUGCCUUUUUUGGAUGAAAAGGAUGAUAAAAGAGUCUCGCCCAAAGAGGCCCAUUUCCGUACCAUCCAUCAGAUUGCCAUACCAAGAACUGCAUCAAGCAACUAUUGGGUUCUCACCGGCCAACUUGGUCAACAAGGAUUGUCUUGGGUCAGUGUACAGAGGAGAACUUGGUCCACAAUACAGAGAAAAAGCUUUUGCAAUCAAAGUAUUCAAUGAAGAAUCAUCCAGCGCUUUCAACACCGAGUGCGAAGUCCUCCAAAAAAUCUGCCACAGAAACAUUGUUAAGAUUAUAAGUACAUGCUCGAUGAUUGUAAGGAAGCACGAAUUUAAAGCUAUUGUUUACAAAUUCAUGGAGCAUGGGAGCUUAGAGAGGUGGCUGCAUCCAAGAAAUAUGACAUUUAGUGAUACACAAGACAUGCCUCAGAUACUGAACCUAGUUACCAAAAUAAACAUAGCCAUUGAUAUAGCUAGUGCACUUGCUUAUCUUCAUAAUCAAUUGGAUAAGUCCUUGGCACAUCGGAAUCUAAAACCAAGCAACAUAUGGCUAGAUAAAGACAUGAGAGCUUAUGUAUCAAAUUUUGGACUGGCAAAGUUUAUAACAGAAAUCAACAGCACAAGGCAGGGCAGUUUAACUGCAUUAGCAGGAACCUCUGGAUAUAUGCCUCCAGAGUACUAUCGGGGAAGCAUAGUGUCAACUAAGGGGGAUGUCUACAGCUACGGAAUAAUUUUACUGGAGAUGCUGACAGGAAAAAGGACUACUGACUCCAUGUUUGAUGAACGUUUCAAGCUUCAGGACUUUGUUUCCAAUGCCUUGCCUGACGGCAUAAGAAAGAUUAUUGACCCAGUUCAUUUACAUGAACUUGAUAGUGGUAAUGUGGCACACACAGAGGCCAGUCUGAGUGUGCUUUUUAACAUUGGGGUGACAUGUGCCAUGGAGGUCUCACAGUUACGACCGUAUAUGGAUGACACUCGAAGCAUGCUGGAAAAUGUUAGGAGCAUUUAUAAGGACGACAGAAGUUUCCUAACUGCAGAGUGGAAAGCUACAAGAACCAUGAAAAUGACAAAGAAGAUGUAUACAAGCUCAAUUACACUGUCAUACAUGGAUCUGCAUAAAGCAACUAAUGGAUUCUCCUCAACCAACUUAGUCGGCGCAGGUGGUUUUGGCUCUGUUUAUAAAGGAGAAUCUACUGACAAAAUUUUUCGCCUUCUCUCAAGGAAUAGUGGGAUAGAAGAUGGGAUUGGAACACCUGUUGCCAUCAAAGUAUUUAACCUUAAGCGUCGAGGUGCAGUGAGAAGUUUCAACACCGAGUAUCAGAUCUUAAGAAACAUUCACCACCCAAAUUUUGUCAAGAUAAUAACUACAUGCGAAAGUGUAGAUCAGGAGGGUCAUGAUUUUCGAGCUAUUCUUUACGAAUUUAUGGAUCGUGGUAGUUUAGAGAUGUGGCUGCAUUCAACAAGCAAAAAUAACCGUGAUAGGCCCAUCAAACCUCAAAUAUUGAGCCUUCAUGCCAGAAUAAAUGUAGCAAUUGAUGUAGCCUGUGCACUCAAUUAUCUCCAUCAUCGCUGCAUAUCUAGCAUAAUUCAUUGUGAUCUAAAACCAGGCAACGUUCUGCUUGAUAAAAAAAUGGUUGCACAUAUUUCAGAUUUUGGACUGGCAAUUUCUCAUCUUGAAUCCCCAACCUUUGACCAAAGCAGCGGCUCAACUGGAAUGCGAGGAACCCCCGGAUAUAUAGCUCCAGAGUAUGGUCUAGGAGUCCAGAUGACAACCAAGGGAGACACAUACAGCUUUGGGAUUCUAUUACUGGAGAUGCUGACAGGCAAGAAGCCCGGUCAUCGUAUGUUUCGGGGAGGUCUCACCCUUCACAACUUUGUCUCGAUAUCCUUGCCUGACGAUGUAAUCAACAUUGCCGACCCACUCAUGCAGGUAAUGACAUCUGCAGAUAUAGGGGAUGGCCAAUGAGUAGAGGAUUGCCUGACUAGAAUGUUCAACAUUGGUUUAGCAUGCUCCAAGAUAUCACCAAAGAAUCGACCAGACAUGUGUACCGUUUUAAGGGAGCUAAAAUCCAUCAGGAACAGCUUCUAAGUUAAUAUACUUGUGCUACCUCA